AUGGCCACGACCCGAGUGAUUCCGGCUCGGAAGGUGCAGAGAUUCAUCCGGAGCAGCGGCGGCGGCGCGGGCAAGGAGCGGGAACCGGGGACAAGCCGCCCCCGGUUUGCGGAAUGCUAUGAGCUGGGCCCGGUGCUGGGCAGCGGAGGGUUUGGUACGGUGUACUCCGGCAGCCGCCUCUCGGACGGAGCAGCGGUCGCUAUCAAAUAUGUCUCGAGAGACCGGAUCACCGACUGGAAGCUGCUGAAUGGAUCUGUGGUCCCUCUGGAGAUCGUGCUGCUGAAGAAGGUGUCAACUGGAUUCCGAGGGGUGAUCCAGCUGCUGGACUGGUAUGAGCAGCCUGAUGGUUUUCUCCUGAUCAUGGAGCGGCCAGAGCCCGUGCAGGAUCUGUUUGAUUAUAUCACGGAGCAUGGUGCACUGACUGAGAACACAGCCCGUGCUUUCUUCAGGCAACUGCUGGAGGCGGUAGAACACUGUCACCAUUGUGGAGUGGUCCAUCGGGACAUCAAGGAUGAGAAUAUCCUGGUGGAUCUUCGCACUCAUGAGCUCAAACUCAUUGACUUUGGAUCUGGAGCAUUGCUACAGGAUACGGUCUACACAGAUUUUGAUGGUACCCGUGUGUACAGCCCCCCAGAGUGGAUCACCUAUCACCGUUACCAUGGCCGCUCAGCCACAGUUUGGUCACUUGGGAUUCUACUGUAUGAUCUGGUCUUUGGAGACAUCCCCUUUGAACAGGAUGAGGAGAUUACACAAGGAAGUAUCCCCUUUCGGUGGCCUCUUUCUGCAGAGUGUCAAGAUCUCAUCCAGUGGUGUCUGUCUCUCCGGCCAUCUGACCGCCCGACGCUGGACCAGAUCCUGUCUCACCCAUGGAUGAAGCAGGGCACGGAGGAACUGAGUAUGAAGGGCCUCGAACUAUCAGACAGCUCCAGCCACGAGAGUUUGUGA